GGUGAGCGAUGGCGGAGGACUCGUCCGAUGGCGAGGCACACGACGACGACACAUCACACGCCGCCCCGGCCAAGAAGACGCUCGAGGAGCUGAUGGCGCAAAAGGAGGGCGAGGACGAGGCGAUGCAGCGGUACAAGAUGACGCUUCUGAAGCAGGACAGCUUUGAGAAGACCGACGACCCGAGGCAUGUUGUGCUGAUGGAGAUGCGCAUCCUCAUCGAAGACAGAGAUCCCCUCGUCUUCGACCUCGUCUCGCCCAAGAAGGACACGGUGUUUGUCCUCAAAGAGGGAUGCAAAUACCGGAUACAGCUCUCGUUCAAAGUUCAGAACGAGAUUGUCUCGGGCCUCAAGUACAAGCAUGUCGUCAAGCGCGCAAUGAUGAAGGUCGACACACACUCAGAGAUGCUGGGCAGCUACGCGCCGAGCAAGCUCCAGGUGUACCAAGUGUUCUUCCCCAAGGGCGAGUGGGAGGAGGCCCCCUCAGGCGCCUUGGCGCGCGGCCAGUACCACGUGAAAACGACCUUUGUGGACGACGAUAAGGUGGAGCACCUAAAGUUCAAGUACGACUUCCAGAUCAAGUCGGACUGGGAGUGAGGGUUCCACUGCCACGGGCACCGCAGCAGCAGAGGAGGCACGCUGGGGACAUGACCGGGCCGAGAGGGAUGUAGAUAUCAGCGUGUCGGGCAGGACGCUGUAGUCGAGUAUUAUUCUCGUGUGGUAUCGCCGCCCAGUUCUUGCCUCCCGAAAUCC